GGUUUUCAGUUCAUCGCGAUCGUCUACCUGGUGUUAGUCUUCCUCGAGUAACGGUAAGAGUCAGUUCGUUGAGGUCUCACGAGAGGUGUGUGUGCGCUCAAAGGCUGUACGAUCCACUCGCACAAUCGCAGGUGCAUCCACAACACAGGCAAAAGAGAAGAAGAUCGCACUAUAAGAAAAUCUAAAGAUCUGGGCGAUCGAGUGGCAGGAAAAUCUUCUUUUCGGAUAAAUCUCGUGAACUCUGUAGUCGAUGGAAUAGAGGAAUCAUGUCGUCGGAUCGUUUUCACAAAGCUGCGAGAGAUGGGUUGAUUGAUGUCCUUAAGGAAGGCACAGCCAAGGAGCUAAACACGAGAGAUGCAACUGGCAUGACUCCUGUUCACUGUGCUGCCCUGGUGGGUCGUUUGGAUGCCCUGAGGCUUCUAGUUGGCAGAGGUGGAAAUCCAGACAAAACAGAUUAUUAUGGCAAUACAGCCCUUCACAUUGCAGCCGCCAAGGGUCACAUGCAGUGUGUGGAUUUUUUGGUGAAAUUUGGCGUGAAUCUCUAUGCAAAGGACAUCGAGAGACACAAUGCAAAGCACCUGGCUUGCCUGAAUAAUCGCGAAGACAUCCUCAUCUAUCUGGACACGGCAAUCGCGAACUUGGAGAUGACGGAUCGGCGGAAGGCAAAGGCUCUGCAGGAGACGGCAGAGAAAGAAUGCUUGAAGGUGAUUGCCAAGUACAACAAAUACAAGCAACGGAUCAAUCAGGAGAAUGACGAUGACGUCCACACAAUGCCCCAUCGUACGUCCACCGUACUCCGGGCUAUGCGCAAACUUCCGCUGGGCGGAAGUAAACGCGAUGCAGCGGCCACUGAAGCAAGUCCACAGAACAACAAUAAGACCAACUUUAGUUCCCACGUGCGUGGAACUUUCUCCCGUUCACGUGGUGUUCAGCGACACAUUCCACAGUGGAUGCGUCAUGGGCCCAAGGAUGCUGUUGUGGAUGAUUUCCGGGUGCGCAAAAUGGAUCCAUCGGGUAAGCUCACAGUCAGCUCAUUGCAGGGUACACGACGAGACUCCGAAGUCCUCUACGUGGGCACGCAUGCGUCGGCGAAUGGAACAAAGGGAGAACGUGGUCGUAUUCGGGAUGUCUUUGAAGUUGGCACCAUAAGCAAUGAGGAGGAUGAUGCGGAAUCCCUGCAAAAUUCCUACGGAAACCUCUCGAGAUCCGUGAGUCAGCCCGACUUCUUGGCUGCUGUGUCCAAUGGGGAUGAUCUCAGUGAGGAAAUUGCAAUGCAGAGACCUUCGGGACUCUUCAAUCGACCCUCCCUGGGUACUCUUGCCUUUAGACGCUCUGUAAAUGCUACACUGUCUCAAAUGGCUCUGGAUGCAUCAUCAAUUGAAUCCAAUGAGUCACGAAAGAAGAAAUCGCAAAAGAUAAAGCCAAGGAAUCAAUUUAAUCUCUCUGACAGCGAUACAGACGUAGCUAGUUCGAGUGAUACAGAUCAGGAGGAUGGACGAACGCCACUUGAACGAUUCCUAUUGGCUUUUGGCCUUGAAGAGUACUACCCCAUUUUCGAGAAGGAACGCAUCACAUUGGAUAUUCUGAUGAUUCUCAAGGAGCAGGAUAUUGAGAAACUUCAGCUACCAUUGGGGCCCUUCCGUAAGCUAAUGAAUGCCGUUGAGGAGCGCAGAAAUGCUCUAAGUAAUCCAGGUGCAAUCACAGAUAGUCGCUUAUGAAGCACACACUUUAUAAUAGAGGCUGAGUGCCAGAAAUUCUUUAUUCUUCUAAAUAAAUUUCUUGUAAAAAAAACUUGAUAAACUGUUCAAUUUCCUAUGUUCCAAUUUUGAGUAAAAAUACGAUGCGAUCUCAUGUAAGGAAACGUUGUGAUCAUGCGAUCUUCACAUUAAAACUGUUCGCGAUCUUGCAAUCUCUUAACAUUCUCUCGCAAAUAAAUUCAAAUAUGGUCUGUACUCUGAAAACAAGAUUAAAAGAUCUUAAUUUCUGGAUUUUAUAUAAAGUUAAGGGAUACUUUUAAGAUUGACUUUAGAAAUAUUCUUAAAAAAAGAGAUCUUCACUUUGAUGUAACAAAAACUUAUUCCAGUUAUUAAAGCAUAAUAUCCACCUUUUGUGAUCAAUCUCAAGAUUGCUGGGAAUACAACUUGGAGUAAAUUCCACCGGAACGGAGAAGAUCGCAAUGCGUUCCCAUUUCGGCAAUCUGCCCACGAUCGAUGACACAAAUGAGAUCAGCAUUACGAAUGGAGGACAAUCUGUGAGCAAUUACGAUGCAUGUGCGGUUCUCGCUGGCUUUCUCAAGGGCCAUUUGCACCGUCUUCUCACUCUCCGUGUCCAGGGCGGAUGUGGCCUCGUCCAGAAGAAGAAUCUUUGGCUUCCUCACCAAAGCCCGCGCAAUCGCAAUCCUCUGCUUCUGUCCACCCGACAAUUGCGUCCCUCUCGAUCCCAGAGGGGUGUCAUAGCCCUAUGAAUUUAAAAGGAUUCUUUUCAUUAAAAUUGAACCAUUCAAAAAAAAAUUCUAAAAUAAAAAGGAAACUCACGAGUGGUAGCUUUGUGACGAAUUCCGAAUGAAUUCGAGCCUCUUUGGCAGCUUCGAUGAUCUCCUCGAUGGGAACAUCUCGUGAAUUAUCUCCGUAGGCGAUGUUCUCAGCGAUGGUUCGAUCAAACAGGACGGGCUCCUGCGACACGAGACCCACAUGCGAACGAAGACGUCCCAGAGCAAAGUCCUGCGUCGAUACGCCAUCAACUUCCACCUUUCCCUCAUCAGGAUCGUAAUAGCGAAGAAGAAGCUGCAUGCACGUUGACUUUCCACAUCCAGAAGGACCCACGAGGGCCACUGUUUUCCCUUCAGGAAUUCUUAAAUCGAGUCCUCUGAGAAUCUGAACUUCUGGUCGUGUUGGAUAAUGGAAUUUUACAUUUUCAAAUGAUGCAGCUCCUGCAAUUUCCUGGAAUUAAAAAGUUUAUUGGGCAUAAAAUUUAAUUUUAUGAGAUUAAAGAUUAAAAAGUGUUAAAAAGAUUUUUUUUACAUAAAAUAAAAGCAUUAGCUUUUUAUAAAUAAAAAUAACAAAGUUUUGUUUAACAUCUGUACGAUGAAUGAACUCAAAUUAACUAAAAAUAAAUUUAAAAUGUAUAACAAAAAUUAUACUUUAAUUAUUUUAUUGCGUGAGGUAAUAGGAUAAAAACCUAAUUCCAAGAAAGUUUUAACGGAUUUUUUUUUCAUAUUUAAUCUACUAGACCUUUUUGGAGCUUCCUGCUUCAAAAAAAACUGUUAUAAAGUUUUUAAGAUCUUUUGUAGCUAUCGAUUCUUUCACAUUCAAGAAUUUUAUUGAUUUCUGAGCGCAGAAAAGAAA